UCUCCGUCUCGAUCUCAUCCUCUCAAAAGCCAUGAGCGAAGUCAUCAACGUUCUGGUUGCCUUUGCUGUCAUAGUCUUCGUCGUCCGCUGGGCAACAUCUGGCAAGGAGUCUUCUGCAGACGGGCAGUCUCCGGCGGCAAUCCUUGGAUUUAAGCCCAAGACUGUUACACAAGAACAGGUUGAUGCCAUACGAGCCAUGUUCCCUGAUAUACCAGCAGACAAUAUUCGCUAUGAUCUGCUACGAACCGGCAGUGUGCAGACCACGUCUAACAAGAUCUUGGAGCGCGGAAUCCUGUCUGCACCCCCACCUGCCUACUACCGCCUCUACCCCCGCACGGCACCGAACGAUGCAACACAUCCCGCCAAUACGAACGUCAAUGCGAACACGGCUGCUACCCCUGGCGCGUCGUCUUCGAAGCCAAAGGAGAACCUGAUCACACGAUUCCAUCUCGAAGAUCGCCUAGCCAGCUCUGACACCUCAUCUGUGUCCGAGCCCUCGCACAAGUGGGAGGAUGACCCCAGCAAGCGUCAAUCUAUGCUCAGGGAGCGAAAGGCGCGGAUGGUCUUGGCUGCGCGAGAACGAUUGCUCGCACAGCAAAACCAGCAAACAGCAUCCUCUAGCCAAUCCUUCUGAACCUGCAACAGUCGCCUCCACACGAGACGCAUGGGUUUGAGGUGGUAUCCAGUCCGGCCCCGGUGGUGAUUUUGCUAGUCAUCUUCCUCACUAAGCUGUCCCUUAAGAAUUGUAGGCAUCAUGUUUAGCCGGAAUAAACUCAAUCCCCUCUUGC